GUAAAGAUAUUUGGUGAAAAAUAUGUUAUACCGCCUUAUUGUAAAUUCUUACUCUCGGACUGGAAACAAUUAUUACAAUUACAUACUGUAGAUGCUAACAAAUAUGAUCUAAUAGUAAUUGAUCCACCAUGGAAAAACAAAUCAGUGAAGAGAAAAAAGAGCUAUGAUACACUUUGGGAGGACACUUUACUUGAUUUACCAGUGACUAAACUAGUCAAUCCAGGUUGUUUAAUUGUAAUAUGGGUGACCAAUAAAACAAGACUACAUGCAUUUAUUGAAAAUACCCUGGUUGAAAAAUGGCAACUACAGCAAUGUGUACAGUGGCAUUGGUUGAAGAUAACAAGAGGUGGUGAACUGAUCUGUGAUAUUAAUAGUAAUAAAAAACCAUUUGAAACAUUAUUUAUAGGAAGAUAUGACAAUAGUCUUACUAAUCAAUACUCUACGGUACCAAAUCAUAGGACUAUUAUUAGUAUACCGUGCAGUCUACAUUCUAAAAAACCUUCUUUAGCAGAAAUUCUCAAACCAUAUUUACCAGAGAAGCCUGAAUGUCUGGAACUAUUUGCUAGAAAUCUACAGUCUAACUGGACUAGCUGGGGCAAUGAAGUUUUGAAGCAUCAACAUUUGGAAUUUUUUGAUGUAACUUGA